CUAGACCAGAUCAUCAAAUUACACUCGAAUUAAAAAACAUCCUAAAUUUUCAUAAAAGUAUACAAUUUGAAAUUGCUUACAUUCGAUGGGGUGAAAAGAGUCUUCUCAUUAAACUUCUUUUUUACCCUCAUCUCAAAUACUCCGUACCAAUAACUAACUAACCGAGAUACCAAUCAUUGAACAACGAACACCAGUGUUAAUAGGGUUUAAAUAAGGUAAUCUCAGAAAUUAGUUCCAACCAGUUCGGACUUCGGCCAAGAACCUUGCCCGGCAGAGCGGCCGGCCACCGGCGCACCUACGCUUGGGACAAGAGCUGAUUUUUCCGUCUGCUGUAAAACCGUACAGUGUGCUGGUGUAUAAUUCCAUUGUUUCAGAGAAUGCUGGAGCAUAAUAAGAACUGUCACCAUGAUAUCAUCAGUAACCUCCCUGAGAGUUUAAGGGAAACCAUCCUAACAUAUUUGCCUCUUCAAGAUGCUGUUAGGACUAGUGUGCUAUCAACUAAGUGGAGGAACACAUGGACUAAGAUUUCACAUCUUUAUUUUGAUGAGACUCUCUGGCCUGGAUCAAGUGGGGGUGACAAACUGGAGCUUAAAAGUAAAUGUGUUCGGCGAAUACUCCAUACUUUGCUGCGACAUGAUGGUCCUAUAAACACACUGUUUCUUUCAAUUUCUAAGCUAGGAAUUUUCCCUGAAGUCGACAACAUAAUGUUAAUCCUGUCCAAAAGUGACGUUGAACAUCUCGUACUUGAAUUUUGUUCCGGCAAGUAUAUAUUGCCUUCUACAUUUUUCAAGUGUCAGAGACUAAAACAUCUAUCCCUUUGUUCCUGCUUGUUUCAACCAUCUUCCAACUUCAUUGGAUUUAGCCAGCUUCUCACCGUUGAAAUGAUUGAUGUAGCGAUGAGUUCAGAACAGCUUGAAAGUCUUAUUAAUGGUUGCCCCCUACUUGAAGCCUUGACGCUGAAAAUCUCUCCCGUGUGUUUGACUCUUGAUAUUCAGGCUCCUAAACUUAAGUACUUUGAGUUUAUAAGCAAAUUAGAAUCGGUUUGUUUCAAAAACACUCCACAUCUCGUGGAGGUGGUAAUUGUAUAUGAUUACGAUACACGGAUUAUUGAAUGGAAAGAAACGUCUUUACGUGAGGAAUCUAAUCUUAAUGAACUUUUCAAGUCUCUGCCUGCACUUAGCAAUCUGCGCCUUGGUUAUACGCUUCCAAAGUUUGUAUCUUUGAUUGGACUCCCAGAAAGACAUAGUCCGACCGCUGUCUGCCUUAACACUCUUGUACUUGAGUGGAUAUGUUUAGAAAGAAUGGGUGAGAUGGCAUCUGUGCUUUUUAUAGUUAGAAUGUCACCAAACUUGCAAGACAUCAUCAUUCAUCUAUAUAACAUUGUUGGUACUGCUGACCAAAAGCCUUCUCCCAAGUCACUGGACGUCGAAGAAAACUCGGAUGUGAAACUGAAUCAGCUGAGAAGUGUGCAAUUCUCAGGUUUUACAGGCACAAGAAACCAAAUGGUGCUUGCAAAACUUCUUUUAACCAAAUCUCCGAGGCUCAAUAAAAUGGUAAUUAAACCCAACACCAAACAGUGCAAUGCAAAAAGAGGAUUUUCGAUAUUGAAAGAGCUAAUACGGUUGCCACGGCCAUCAGCAGCUGCAGAGAUUAUCUUUGGAUAGGUGAGGCAAUAGUGUCUAUGAAUAUUUGACUAUGGCAGCCACAAUUUCAUUUGCAUGUUUUCUUAUCUUCAUUUUUGCGGACCUUGGCAUUUGCAAGAGAAUUAAAUGAUGCACUUUUCUAUCAUUUAACAGGCACAAAACACCAAAAUUAGACAAGAUGCUAGGAGUUGGCAUAAUGUGCUAAUGAAGAAUGAAUAAUAACUUUGUAUAUUAUAUUGUCGUUUAUAUUUCUCAAAUCAGGCUGCUACUGUAAUGGCUUAAACCUGUGUUUGUGCAUUUUGCUAUUUGGUAAAACACUAAAAUUCAACAUUUAAGGUCAGUUUUGUAGUGCAAUUCAUUACGGAGUACUAUGGACCUUUUAAUUUAUCAUUUGUUAUACCACCUC